AUGGAUUAUCACAAAUAUACCAAACAGGAAGACACGGAACAGGAUAUACAAGGCUGGACUGCAGACUGGCAGUUAGGUUUGAUGCCCCAAGUACCAUCAGACCGAUCAGUCAACCAGCUCUGCACUAAACAACUAUGGGUAAACUUAGUGAGGUUGGAGAAUGAUAGUGGCUGGACUGCAGACUGGCAGUUAGGUUUGAUGUCCCAAGUACCAUCAGACUGUGAUGUAUCAGUCAACCAGCUCUGCACUAAACAACUAAGGGUAAACUUAGUGAGGUUGGAGAAUGAUAGUGGUAAGAUUAUGCUCGAAUGUGGUAAGAGCUUCAGAAAAUCUGGUGAUUUGAAGAUGCAUAAUAGAAUACAUACUGGUGAAAAGCUAUAUUCUUGUAAGGAUUGUGAUAAGAGCUUCAGUCGAUCUAAUGCAUUGAAGAUGCACAUUAGAAUACAUAGUGGUGAGAAGUCAUAUUCUUGUAAAAAAGGUGGUAAGAACUUCAGUCAAUCUGGUAAUUUGAAGAUGCAUAAUAGAAUACAAACUGGUGAAAAGCCAUAUUCUUGCUGGACUGCAGACUUGCAGUUAGAUGUAAUGCCCCAAGUACCAUCAGACUGUGAUAACGAUACUAUCAGUAUAACUAGUAAUUUGAAGUCAAAAAAUAGAAUAUAUUCUGGUAAAACGUCUUAUUCUUGUAAAGAAUGUGGUACGAGCUUCAGUAAAUCUCGUGAUUUGACGAGACACAAUAGUAUACAUACUGGUGAAAAGCCAUAUUCUUGUAAUGAAUGUGGUAAAAGCUUCAGUCAAUCUGGUGAUUUGAAGAUGCAUAAUAGAAUACAUACUGGUGAAAAGCCAUAUUCUUGUAACGAAUGUGGUAAGAGCUUCGGAAAAUCUGGUAAUUUGAAGAUGCAAAUAAGAAUACAUACUGGUGAAAAGCCAUAUUCUUUUAAAAAAUGUGGUAAGAACUUCAGUCAAUCAGGUGAUUUGAAAAUGGAUAAUAGAAUAUAUACUUGUGAAAAGCCAUAUUCUUGUAACGAAUGUGGCUGGACUGCAGACUGGCAGUUAGGUUUGAUGCCCCAAGUACCAUCAGACCGAUCAGUCAACCAGCUCUGCACUAAACAACUAAGGGUAAACUUAGUGAGGUUGGAGAAUGAUAGUGAAACCACAAUAGAAAACAUACUGGUGAGAAGCCAUAUUCUUGUAAAAAAAUGUGGUAAGAACUUCAGUCAAUCUGGUAAUUUGAAGAUGCAUAAUAGAAUACAUACUGGUGAAAAGCCAUAUUCUUGUAGCGAAUGUGGUAAGAGCUUCAGAAAAUCUGGUGAUUUGAAGAUGCAUAAUAGAAUACAUACUGGUGAAAAGCCAUAUUCUUGUAAGGAUUGUGAUAAGAACUUCAGUCAAUCUAAUGCAUUGAAGAUACACAUUAGAAUACAUAGUGGUGAGAAGUUAUAUUCUUGUAAAAAAGGUGGUAAGAACUUCAGUCCAAUCUGGUAAUUUGAAGAUGCAUAAUAGAAUACAAACUGGUGAAAAGCCAUAUUCUUGUAACAAAUGUGGUAAGAGCUUCAGAAAAUCUGGUAAUUUGAAGAUACACAAUAGAAUACAUAGUGGUGAGGAGCCAUAUUCUUGUAAAAAAUGUGGUAGGAACGUGGUAAGAACUUCAGUCAAUCUGGUAAUUUGAAGAUGGAUAAUAGAAUACAUACUGGUGAAAAGCCAUAUUCUUGUAAUGAAUGUGAUAAGUGCUUCCAUCGACCUUGUUAUUUCACGAGACACAAUAGAAUACAUACAGGUGAAAAGCUAUAUUUUUGUAAAAAAUGUGGGAAGAGCUUCAGAAAAUCUGGUAAUUUGAAGAUGCAUAAUAGAAUACAUACUGGUGGAAAGCCAUAUUCUUGUAAAGAUUGUGAUAAGAGCUUCAGUCGAUCGAAUGCAUUGAAGAAACAUAAUAGAAUACAUACUGGUGAGCCAUAUUAAUAUUAUAUGUGGUAAAAAUUUCAUUCAAAACAGCCAUUUAGAAUCACAACAUAGAAUAUAUACUGGUGAAAAGCCAUAUUCUUGUAUAGAAUGUGAUAAGAGCUUUAGUCUAUCUCGUGAUUUGAAGGCACAAUAUAAUACAUACUAGCGAGAAACCAUAUUCUUGUAAAAAAUGUGGUAAGAGCUUCAGUCAAUCUGCUAAUUUGAAGAUGAAUAAUAGAAAACAUACUCGUGAGAAGCCAUAUUCUUGUAAAAAAAUGUUGUAAGAGCUUCAGUCAACCUGGUAAUUUAAAGAUGCGCAAUAGAAUACAUACUGGUGAAAAGCCACAUUCUUGUACUUAAUAUGGUACAAUACAUACUGUUAAAAAAAUAUAUUCUUAUAAUGAAUGG